GUUGCACAGAGAGGGGAGGACUACUGGUUGGAAUUGGGUUUUCAGCCGUGUUUGGGGAACACUGAAUGCUGAGCAUAGUCCAGAGAUCACCAUUGAUGUGUGAUGUUUGGUGGAGCCCGACAUGUCAGGAGCAACAGCCCAGCUACUGGCCUCUGUUGGAACAGUCAUCACUUCAUCCCCAGAGGCUAUGAAACCCAAUAAGCGUGGCCGUGUGACUAACCAGCUCCAGUACAUGCUGAAAGGAGUGGUAAAAACACUGUGGAAACACCAGUUCGCUUGGCCUUUCCAUGUCCCAGUUGAUGCUAAGAAACUUAACUUGCCGGAUUUUAAGUCAUUUCCUGAAAAAUCUCACUUCCAGGAUUAUCAUAAAAUUAUCAAGCAACCUAUGGAUAUGGGGACAAUAAAGAAACGGUUAGAGAGCAAUUAUUACUGGAGUGCAAGUGAGUGCAUGCAGGAUUUCAACACCAUGUUCACCAACUGCUACAUCUAUAACAAGCCUGGCGAUGACAUUGUGUUGAUGGCGCAGACUCUGGAGAAGAUCUUCCUGCAGAAGGUUGCUCAGAUGCCACAGGAGGAGGUGGAGCUGAUGGCUUCAUUGCCAAGGGGCAAAAGUCGAAAGCAGACAGGAGUGCAGCAGGUAGCAGCAGUGUCUUCAGCCAGUGAACCAACUGCCUUCUCAGGAGCCUCGACCACAGCCUAUCCUUCUCCCAUCAUUGUCUCCACAGCAGUGCCAACAGCUUUGCUCAGCCAGGUCACAGCAGCUCCUGCUCAAUCCUCCAGCUCAGUGAUGCCGGUAACUGCUCCAGCCAUACAGCUAAUCACCAAGAAAAAGGGUGUGAAACGGAAAGCAGACACUACAACUCCCAGCACAUGUGCUAUGGCUGCGAGUAAAUCCCCUCCUGCAGCCUCUGCAGAACCCAAACCUUCCAAGCUGGCAUGCCGACGGGAGAGUGGGUGUCUCACCAAACAAACAAGGAAGGAAGUGGAGGAGGUGGAACUCCAGCCAUCCGUGGGGAAGAAGGGGAAACUGACGGAACACCUCAGGCACUGUGACAGCAUCCUGAGGGAGCUGCUAUCCAAGAAACAUGCAGCCUAUGCGUGGCCUUUCUACAAACCUGUUGAUGCUGAGGCCUUGGAACUGCACGAUUAUCAUGAAAUCAUUAAGCACCCAAUGGAUCUCAGCAGUGUUAAAAAAAAGAUGGACAGUCGUGAUUAUCAGGACCCCCAGGGAUUUGCUGCAGAUAUCCGGUUAAUGUUUUCCAACUGUUACAAGUACAACCCUCCAGAUCAUGAAGUAGUGGCAAUGGCCAGGAAACUGCAGGAUGUUUUUGAAAUGCGGUUUGCAAAGAUGCCGGAUGAGCCUGCUGACAUCUCCCUGCCCCCUCCCCUGCCUCUCCCAAUCGUCUCCAAGCCCAAAGUGUUGUCGAGUGACAGCAGCCACGAAUCCUCAUCCAAUUCCAAUAGCUCGGAUUCAGAAGAGGAGAGAGCGAAUCGAUUGGCGGAACUGCAGGAGCAGGUGGGUGUUGGCAACCCCUCCUCUCAGAGGACCAUGCUGAAAGCUGUUCACGAGCAGCUGGCAGCUCUGUCCCAGGCUCCUGUCAGCAAACCAAAGAAGAAGAAAGAGAAAAAGGAGAAAAAAAAGAAGGAAAAACACAAAGUGAAAGUGGAGGAGGAGGACAAGAAGUUCAAGACCUCUCAGGCGACCAAGCAAGCACAGUGCAAGAAACACAGCAGCAAGAAGCCCGGCAGUGCAAACUCACUGACCAGAUCCCUGAAGCAAGCUACAAAGCUACCCCUGCUUUAUGACUCCCAAGAGGAAGAGGAAGCUCAGCCAAUGUCAUAUGAUGAGAAGCGUCAGCUGAGUCUCGACAUCAACAAACUUCCCGGUGAAAAACUGGGUCGGGUGGUGCAUAUCAUUCAGUCGAGGGAGCCUUCUCUCAGGGACUCCAACCCUGAUGAGAUUGAAAUAGACUUUGAAACACUGAAGCCCACAACUCUCCGAGAGCUGGAACGAUACGUCAAAUCCUGCUUACAGAGAAAGCAAAGAAAAUCAUAUAACACAUCGCCUGACAUGUUCAGCGGUAGAGAUGGUGAAGACCAGCACACUCUGUGGGAUUCCAGCAGUAACCGACCCCCAUUACCAGCUACACCUUCAAAGAAACCGAUUGGGAAAGCGAAGGAGGAUCUUACUCUGGAGAAGAAGACAGAGCUGGAGAAACGUUUACAGGACAUGAGUGGACAUCUUAAUCAUAGAAAGAAACCCAACAAGAAAGGGGAGAAGACAAACCUCAGGCAGGGAAGGGGUCCCUCCCGUCUCAGUGGCAGCAGCAGUUCGUCUUCUGACUCGGGCAGCACCAGCUCCAGUGUCUCCAGCUCCUCAGACAGCAGUGAAUCUGAAUAGACCUUUGAAUCUGGGCUCUUAAAGAGUAUAGUUUUGGCACAGAGUUCUUCCAGCUACUGGCCCACAUGUUCAAAUUUCCUUACCUCACCAGAUUUGAAAAUUGUGCUGUGAUUUGAUUUGAUGAAUGAACCCAAUGGGAGAGACCCUAACAAGCACAUUCCAUUGCUGAUCAUUCACUCAGCUAAAAGCAGUGUGUGGCGCCUGACUGAAGGAAGUAGCCAGUGUUGAGCACACAGGGACUGGCUGAGUGCGAGUGAAAAAGCAUGUUAACCCAUGUGUAUAUACCUAAUUUAUUAACAACAUGGACAAAUAAAUCAACUCGGGACCAAUAAGGAAGCUGCCAGGCAGGAUACCGAUCAUGUGUGUAGCCUGGCUUAUGCUAGAUUCUUGGUGUUUGUACUGCCCAUGUUACUGUGGGUGCUGAGAUUUACAGAUUCAAUUUGUUGCGUUUCUUAAGCAUUUUUAACAUUCUAUAUAGGGUGAAGGGAGGAAUGGGAUGAGUAGGAGUCAAUUGUACAGACAAAAGUGUUGAAACUUUAGAUUAUAGGAUUUAAAUAAGUCAGUUUCUGAUUUCUACAAAGGCCGUUCUGAAAUAAACAGGAUGGGAUUUGGUGAGUCCCACUUGGCCUUAGUACUAAAA